AUGCAGGCAGCUCCACAAACACAGACCCAAGUCGACUCGAAAGACCGUUUCUUUCGUUACUUUCGCCAUGAAGUUACAGCACUUCAAGAGCAGAUGGAUCGCCUGAAUAGCCUGGCGGCUGACGGAGGCGAGCGCAAUGACGCCGUGGACCACUGCCUUGCCGGGAUAGAUCGCCUGUCUCACGAGGUCAAAGACGCCUCGAGCUACAUUCCAGCAUACGACCAGCGAACAUACAGUGAGGCAAUCAAGGCCCUCUCCGAGAAGCUGCAGAACACCCGCCAAAGCUUCAACCCACCUAAAAAAUUCGCCUUCAAGACCCGCAAGAAUGCUUCCGCAGUCUCCAUCUCAGACGCCGACGAAAUCGCCGCUUCACGGGUCGUUGGCUCAGACACGUCCAAUACAAAUUCUUCCUUCGCGCCCACACCGCUCAACAGACUCUCACCCGGCGAGCGAAAAGAGCAAGAAGCAGCCUUGUCACCACAGAAUAGCACACCGAAAGUGAGCGACGGCAUCGAUGACGCGAACGGCGGGGUGCGCCGACCCUCCUUCUCUGGGGUGACGAGUAUACACAUCAGCAACCACAACGCAGUAAUCAUCAUUGCACACGCAUCAGCCUCGCACGCCACAAGUUCUGGCACAGUCACAAAUCUGAUGAACUGCACCGUCGACCUCAGCGCUCCGACCACCGCGUCGCCCUUCUCAGCACUCUACCUCAAAAAUAUACUAUCCAGCACGAUCAUCACCGGGCAAGUAAGCGGCGCAACGCACAUUACCGACAUUACGUCGUGCAAACUGUACGUCACGAGUCGGCAAUUCCGGAUGCACGGUGCGAAGAAUGUAGACGUAUAUCUGCACUGCGCGUCGCGGCCGAUUAUCGAGGAUUGCGAGGGCGUCAGGUUUGCGCCCCUGCCAGAGGAGCUAGUCAGCGAUGAGCUGAAACCGGCGCAGAAUCAGUGGGAUCAAAUUGACGACUUCAAGUGGUUGAAAGCAGAGCAGAGUCCGAACUGGAGUAUCUUGCCAGAAGGAGAACGUGUGGCGCCAGUGGUGGAAUUGUAG